UUAUUAUUAUUAUUAUUCUUUAAUAAAGAAAUGAAUAGCAAUUCUGAAUAUUGGAAGAAUAAUGACCUUGGUGAGACUCUUGACGAAAGAUUCUUGUAUAUUUUGUGUAGCGAUUAUGAAAGAUAUGAGGAUAUAGUUAUAAUUGAUAAAUUAAAUAGAGAAGUUGAUAGUAAAUUUUAUAAAGAACGGUUAGAUUCAUUAUUAAAAACGAAAGAAUCUCAAUUAGAAAAAUUGAUUCAAAUUCAUUCCAAUGAAAUUGUUGAACAUCGAAAAACCUUUUAUGAAAGUAUAGAUUUGAAUUACGCGAAUAGAAAAUAUUCAACUAUUAAUACUUUAUCCUCUAUGAUAUUACAUCCUGAAGUUGAGAAAAUUUUGUUAAAUGGAAGAUUAAUGAAUCCUUCUCAACAUGGUAUUACUGAUCAAAGACAAGGAAAGAUUGGAACAAUGGAAGAUGUUACAAAUGCUAUUAAAAGAAAACUUGCUAUUAAUGAUGAUGAACCUAUAAUUGGGCGAGAUGAAUUAUAUAGACAAUAUUAUGUCGAACUUGCCCAAAUUAAGGAACGCCAAGAAAAAGAACUUCGAGAUUUUUUGGUAUUUUAUAAGAGAGAGCAGGAAUAUUUUGAAGAAUGUUUGAUUAAAGUUAAGAAACAAGAAGAAGUUACCUUACGUACUGUUUCAUCUAAUAAUAACAUCACGAAUAAUAUCAUUCUCGAAACUACGAAAUUUCGAGCAGAAUAUAACAAGAGACCUAAUGAAUAUGUUGACAAGAACAUCCCUUCGGAUAACCUUAAGAAGUCAAAGGUCACUUUUGUUACUUUGAAUUCAGAUCAAAGUUCUUCUUCAAGUAUUCAUGAAACAACUUUAAGCGAACGUUCUUUUGAUUCAGAUAAUACUAUCAGUUAUUCUACAAGUGAUAAUUUUACAUCAGUUCCACCAUCAUAUGAGAGUAAUGCAAAUCAACAAGAAUCUAAUACUGUUUCAUGUAAACAACAAACUUCAACGCACCCUUCUUUUAAUAUUUUGCCAUCUAAUCCAACUGAAAAUAAUUUGUUGAAUAUUUUAAAUCCUGGUGCAAUUCAAAUUUUAAACAUGCUCGGAAGUAAAUUUCAACAACAGAAUAACGUAAAUAUGGAUGAAGUACUAAAAUGUGCGGAAAAGUUGAUUAAAAAUGACGAUCAAGGAGAUUCUUAAUAAUGGAAAAAUAUUAAUAAUAAUUUGUAGUAUUUGGCUACUUUUUAAUUGUAACUUUAGGCUGACAAUAUAUACAUAAAAUAUGUAAGAAUGUAUAAAAACUUCUAUAUAUUUUUAUUUUAGCAAUAAAAUACAGCAGUUAAUGUGUUACAAAUUGA